AUGGGGCAGAGAGCUGACACUGACGGUUCCCCAGAGGGGGAUAGGAAGACUGAAAUUGUCAGGGCAAGAUACGGGCCUGGUGGAGCCCAGAGCCAUCUCCUGGGCCGCCUGGCAGCCAUCGUGGCUAAGCAGGUACUGCUGGGCCGGAAGGUGGUGGUCGUUCGCUGCGAGGGCAUCAACAUUUCUGGCAAUUUCUACAGAAACAAGUUGAAGUACCUGGCUUUCCUCCGCAAGUGGAUGAACACCAACCCUUCCCGAGGCCCCUACCACUUCCAGGCCUCCAGCCGCAUCUUCUGGAGGACCAUGCGAGGCAUGCUGCCCCACAAGAGCAAGCGAGGCCAGGCGGCCUUGGACCGCCUCAAGGUGUUUGACGGCAUCCCACCGCCCUACGACAAGAAAAAGCGGGCGGUGUUUCCUGCGGCCCUCAAGGUCGUGCGUCUGAAGCCUACAAGGAAGUUUGCCUAUCUGGGGCGCCUGGCUCACGAGGUUGGCUGGAAGUACCAGGCAGUGACAGCCACCCUGGAGGAGAAGAGGAAGGAGAAGGCCAAGAUCCCCUGCCAGAAGAAGAAACAGCUCAUGAGACUACGGAAACAAGCCGAGAAGAACGUGGAGAAGAAAAUUGACAAAUACACAGAGGUCCUCAAGACGCAUGGACUCCUGGUCUGAGCCCAAUAAAGACUGUUAAUUCCUCA